CUCUGUUUCUACAGCCAGUGUAAAUGGGCUUGUGAAACACUCUUUCCACUCGAGAUGCGUGGUGGUGUUUCCUUAAAUCUGAAUCCCGCAGGACAAAGAUCAAGCACAUCUGAAACAGGCUCUUUGGAUCAGGAAUGCUGCUAUACGAGAGACGUGUUACGCAGGCUUGGGGCUGUUUUACAUGCCGUUCCCUGCUGGUUUGGAGCAGAGACAUGGAAUCACUCGUCAGCUACGUCACGGCAUGCCACUGGCGAUGCCACCACGGUGUGAGCGUUGGCAAUGGGAAGUGGACGAAUCCUGCCAUUAAUAUUUAAACACCACGCAAAUCCUCUUUGUUUGCUCUUAAAUGUUUAUCCAGCUCCCCGGUGUAAUUGGGUAGCCCAUUAUCCGCCUGUCUGCGUGGCGUGUGCGGGAAUCUGGUAUUACAACCCCCCAUAUGAGUCUUUGAUACGAGAGCAAAACAAAUGUACAAGUAAAUGCGGGUUUUGUUUGGAGUGGCGGGCGCCGCAUCGCUAAUCCGGCUGCGGUCAGAGCCCCGACGUGCUCCUGACCCCACUGCUGGAGCCAGCAUCGAUGACGAGAACUGCUGGCACCUGGACGAAGAGCAGGUCCGAGAGCAGGUGAAGCUGUUCCUAUCUCAGGGAGGAUACUAUGGCUCGGGGAAGCAGCUCAACUCCAUGUUUGCCAAGGUCCGGGAGAUGCUGCGCAUGAGGGACUCCAACGGGGCCAGGAUGCUGACGCUGAUAACGGAGCAGUUCAUGGCCGACCCUCGGCUCUCCCUCUGGAGGCAGCAGGGAACAGGCAUAACAGAGAAGUGCCGGCAGCUCUGGGACGAGCUGGGGGCGCUGUGGGUGUGCGUUGUGCUGAACCCACACUGCAAGCUGGAGGAGAAAUCCUGCUGGCUCCGGCAGCUGCGGAAGUGGGGCGAGAUGGAUGUGUGUCCCCUGGAAGACGGCAAUUACGGCAACGAGCUUCCCAACAUCACCAACGCGCUCACACAGAGCUCCAGCCACAACCAAGACUCGCUGGCCAGGCCCCGCCGAACCGUGUUCACCCGGGCCAUUGAGGGCUGUGACCUGCACUGGCAGGACAGCCACUUGCAGCGCAUCAUUAGCAGCGACUUCUACGUGUCCCCAUCCUACCAGCGGGAGGGCGAGAGCCUGCUCUUCAACUCCCAGGGGCAGCCCCUGUGGCUCGAGCACGUCCCGACAGCCUGCGCUCGGGUGGACGCCCUGCGCUCCCACGGCUACCCCCGGGAAGCUCUCCGGCUAACUGUUGCCAUCAUCAACACCCUGCGACUGCAGCAGCAAAGGCAGCUGGAAAUAUAUAAGCAUCAGAAGAAAGAGUUGCUGCAGCGAGGAGCAACAACCAUCACCAACCUGGAGGGCUGGGUCGGCCACCCUCUGAACCCCAUCGGCUGCCUCUUUCUCACCCUGACCGAAGCGUGUAGAUUAGAAGAGGAAAAUUGCCUUGAAAUCUCAGACACUGGGGACUCCAAACCCCCAGUCUACCAACACGUGCCCGUCGCAACCGGCAGCCAAGACAGCGGCGAGUCCUACCUGUCCCUGGCCUUAGAGGUGGCCCUGAUGGGGAUGGGCCAGCAGAGAGUGAUGCCCGAAGGCCUCUACGCCCAGGACAAGGUGUGCCGCAACGAGGAGCAGAUCAUCGCCCGCCUGCAGGACCUGGAGCUGGACCCGGUGCUGGUGCAGACCCUUCGGAAGCAGUGCAUCCUGCUGCUGGAAGGUGGUCCCUUCAGUGGCCUGGGAGAAGUGAUCCACCGCGAGAGCGUCCCCAUGCACACCUUUGCCAAAUACCUGUUCUCUGCCCUGCUGCCCCACGAUGCGGACCUGGCGUACAAGCUGGCUUUGCGGGCCAUGAGGUUGCCCGUGCUGGAGACCACGGCACCGUCCGGCGACGUGAGCCACCCGCACCACCUGGUGUCGGUGGUCCCCAGCAGGUACCCGCGCUGGUUCACCCUGGGGCACCUGGAGUCGCAGCAGUGCGAGCUGGCCUCCACCAUGCUCACAGCAGCCAAAGGGGACAUGCUGCGCCUGCGCACAGUGCUGGAGGCCAUUCAGAAGAACAUCCACUCCUCCUCCUUGAUCUUCAAACUGGCCCAGGACGCGUUCAAGAUUGCCACACCAGCCGACAGCAACUCGGACACCACACUCCUCAACGUGGCGCUGGAGCUGGGGCUCCAGGUGAUGCGCAUGACCCUGUCCACCCUCAACUGGCGGCGGCGGGAGAUGGUGAGGUGGCUGGUGACGUGCGCUACGGAAGUGGGGGUGAGGGCCCUGGUGAGCAUCCUGCAGAGCUGGUACUCGCUGUUCACCCCCACGGAAGCCACCAGCAUCGUGGCGGCCACAGUGAUGUCCCACAACACCAUCCUGCGCCUGAGCCUGGACUACCCGCAGCGGGAGGAGCUGGCCAGCUGUGCCCGCACCCUGGCCCUGCAGUGCGCCAUGAAGGACCCACAGAACUGCGCCCUGUCCGCCCUCACCCUCUGCGAGAAGGACCACAUUGCCUUCGAGACCGCCUACCAGAUCGUCAUCGACGCCGCCUCCACCGGCAUGACCUACACCCAGCUCUUCACCAUCGCCCGCUACAUGGAGCACCGGGGCUACCCGCUGCGGGCCUUCAAGCUGGCCUCGCUGGCCAUGACGCAUCUCAACCUGGCCUACAACCAGGACACUCACCCGGCCAUCAACGACGUGCUCUGGGCCUGCGCCUUGAGCCACUCUCUGGGCAAAAACGAGCUGGCAGCCAUCAUCCCGCUGGUGGUGAAGAGCGUGCACUGUGCCACGGUGCUGUCGGACAUCCUCCGCCGCUGUACCAUGACGGCCCCAGGCCUGGCCGGCAUCCCCGGCCGCAGGAACUCGGGGAAGCUGAUGUCCACCGACAAAGCACCCCUGCGGCAGCUGCUGGACGCCACGAUAAGCGCGUACAUCAACACCACCCACUCCCGGCUCACCCACAUCAGCCCGCGGCACUACGGGGAGUUCAUCGAGUUCCUCAGCAAGGCCAGGGAGACCUUCCUCCUGGCGCAGGACGGGCACAUACAGUUCGCCCAGUUCAUUGACAAUCUCAAACAAAUCUACAAAGGCAAGAAAAAACUGAUGCUGUUGGUGCGGGAACGGUUUGGGUGAGCCCCGGCUGCCGCCACUCUCACGGCAGGGUCCGGCCGUGGCACGGGGACUCGGGAGAGAAGAAGGAAGGAGAGCGGAGAUGACCUUCCCCCCAUCGGCAGAGGCUGCUCUGUUCUGUUCUUCUGUUUCUUUUUUUUUAAUUUCUUUCUUCUUCUUCUUUUUAAUUUUAUUUUCUUUCUCGGAUUUAACCAUUUCACACGCUGAGAGGAUCCACAGAUUCCUUGGGCACAAACCAAAAGGCGACCACGGGAUAAAGGAUGGUUUGCUCAGCCCCUGCCCUCCCUUGCCAAUACCAAAAGCUCACCUGGAAAUCUAAUACCUCUUUCCUGAAGGAAGUGGUCGCUGGAGGGAUCCGAAGGUUGCAAAGUGCAAAAAUCUUUAAAAUUAUGUUGGGGGAAAAAAAUAAUAAAAGAAAGCAAGCAAAGAAACCCGCAACACUAGAACCUCAUGCGUCACCAAAAGCGAUGGCUUUGCAGAGUGCUUCUCCCGCCCGCCCGAGACAUGCAAACUCCUCUAUUUGUGAAGAUACUUCAAUAAAACAAGUUAAAGUAACUGUUCUCAGGGAUUGCUUACUAAAAGUAACACAAAAAAAA